AUGGGCAGGCUCAGCGAUCAGUGCUACCUCGCUCUAUUUGCCAGUUCUCGUAAGAAGCAUAUCAAGCCAUUGUAUAAAUUGUUCAUCUGGCUGGCAUACCUAGGCGGCGAUGCUCUAGCGAUUUAUGCCCUCGCCACGCUCUUUAAUCGCAACAAGAAGGACCAGCACCAGCCUGUAAAUGGCAGCCGUGAUCUAGAGGUGUUAUGGGCCCCUAUCUUGCUUAUGCACCUCGGUGGACAGAUGAAUAUAUCUGCAUACAACAUCGAAGUCAACGAACUAUGGAGGCGUCACAUUCUUACUGCAGUGGCUCAGGUCACCGUGGUCGCCUACGUGUUUUGCAAGUCAUGGUCACCCUCAGCCGAUAAGCGGUUAUUAGCUGCAGCAAUUCUGCUCUUCAUCAUUGGUGUUUUCAAAAUGCUUCGAUAA